AUGUCACCAGGAAAGAAACGACGCAUCCUGCUCUCCUAUUUCAUCCCAUUUCUUCUCCCGCUGAUAGCUAACGAACGGGCUAUGAAUAGGAAGCUCGAUCGGUACAAAGAAACGAAAGCGGCAGAUGACACCGUGGAGUUCUUGGAUAUUCUCUUUGAGUAUGUUCCUCCCCUUGGACGGAAAUCCCUCUUCAAGGACGUAGUGAGGUGCUUUGACGAUGAAGAUUUACGCCAGCUGGUAGAGCGCAUUGAGUUUGGACUGUUACGUCCCAUGCUAUCCCCCCGGCUUGAGAUGGUGGAGUCUAGCGAAAUGUCGAUACGCGACAACUGCGUGUCAAGAGAUGGGAACCGGUGCGCAAUCACAAAUAUUCUAGCCCCGCCGUGGUACUGGGGCCUAUCCUGGAAAUCGACCGGGACUCCGCUCAGUGCUGCCCGUAUCAUCCCAUUGGACAUGGUCAUGGACAUGAAGCUGGGUGUUCUUCGACCUCAACCACAGAGCCUAGAUAUGGACGAGAGAUACCGGCAUGGGAAAGUGUGGGAUAUCCUCCAGCGGUACUUCAGAUACCAUGUGCCUAGCCUGCACUCGGAUUACCUCUCUCAUUAUUCCUCGUUGCCGGUGCCGGAUAUCUUCGAGUUUGAGAAAGAACAAAACAGGUUGGUCAUGGCCGCAGUGCUCCGUCGCGAGUUCGAGAUGUUCCACUUUGUUCUCGAAGCAACACAUACCCUCAACCACUAUUAUUUCAAGGGGUUUUCAGAAUUACCCAGCUACCUUAUGGUGUUUGUGCCUCGCGAUAGGAUUGUGAGGUUGAAAAAUCAUGAUUCGAGAUAUCUACUCCCAAGCCCCAUUCUUCUUUCGAUCCAUGCCGCUAUAGGGAACCUUCUACACGAAAGCAGUCGAGGAGAGAAGAUUCAGCAGUUGAAGGAGGAUCUGUCGCGCAGUCGCCAUGGGCCAGCUCGUGUCGGGAGCUCAAAAAUUGAAGAUAUUUUUUCACUGAGCAAACUCUCACGACUCAUACCCUAUGAUGAAGGGUGA